CGACUAUCUCCCACUUCCCGCGAGAGUCGGGACCAGGAAGACGCCUGCGGACCCGGGCCGUGGAGCAGUUGUUGUUACCCGUGCCUCGGAGGCCUCCGCCGUGGCUGUGGAGAACUAAGACCCGGGCGGCUGGUCCGGAGGCGGACCAGGUCGGAGCGGCCCCCCCGGGCCCGCGACAGCAUCAGGCGCGGCCUGUCACCGUCAAGCGGGGAGGAGCCGAAGCACCUGACAGAUUAAGAUGGCGGCGAUGUCUGCGGGAGGCGGCAGCGGCGGCGUGAACCCGUUUCUCAGCGACUCCGACGACGACGACGACGAGGUGGCGGCGGCGGCGGCGGCGGCCGAUGAGGAGCGGCGGCCCGGCCUGCGGUUGGGUCCUGGAGGCGGCCCCGACCCCGGCUCCGGAGGCUCCUUAUCCCCGCAAGACCCGAUGGCCGGGGCGGGCGGAGGGCGGCCGGGGGUCCCCGGGGGUGAGGCGACCUCAGCGGCCGCUUCGGGAGAGCCUCCGGUCCGUCUGUCGGUGGACGCUAUCGCGGCGCAGCUGCUGCGCGAUCAGUUCUUGCUGACGGCCCUGGAGCUGCACACGGAGUUGUUGGAAAGCGGCCGAGAACUGCCUCGGCUCCGGGACUAUUUCUCCAACCCGGGCAACUUCGAGCGUCAGAGCGGGACCCCGCCUGGAGUGGGAGGCCCGGGGAUCCUCGGGACAGCCGGAGCGGGGGGUGCCGGCAGCCGGGAGCCAGGCGUGAUGCCAGGCGGGGGACAGCUCAAUCGAGCUGGGAGCAUCAGUACCCUUGAUUCUCUGGACUUUGCAAGAUACUCAGAUGAUGGAAACAGGGAAACCGAUGAGAGAGUAGCAGUCCUGGAGUUUGAACUACGGAAAGCCAAGGAGACCAUUCAGGCCCUCCGAGCCAACCUGACACAGGCUGCAGAAAAUGAAGUUCCUUUACAGGAACGAAAAAAUUACAAAUCAAGUCCUGAAAUUCAGGAGCCAAUCAAACCUCUUGAAAAAAGAGCUCUAAACUUCCUAGUGAAUGAAUUUUUACUAAAGAAUAACUACAAACUUACAUCAAUAACUUUUUCUGAUGAAAAUGAUGAUCAGGAUUUUGAAUUGUGGGAUGAUGUAGGAUUGAACAUUCCAAAACCCCCAGACUUGUUACAACUCUACCGUGACUUUGGAAACCAUCAAAUAACUGUGAAAGAUGUUGUAGAUGCGGCAAGUGGAGUAGAAGAGAAUGAGUUAGAGGCUGUUACCCCUGUGUUAGGCAACCUUCCUUCAUUUGAAACCCCACAGCCUGUAGAGAAUUGCUUGAUAGUACAAAAGCUAGAAGAUAAAAUUAGUUUAUUAAACAAUGAAAAGUGGUCUUUGAUGGAACAAAUCAGAAGACUGGAGAGUGAAAUGGACAUUCUCAAAAAUGAGAAUUUUUCCUUCCCCACGGUUCGUGACACAGAUCAUCCCUCUUUGGACCAAUUCCCUCUGAGAAUCUCUGAGAACAGCGAACAGUACUUAGAUAUGAAGGAUUCAGAUAAGGAUCAAACUAAGGAUGUUAAUCUUUCAGUAUCAGAUGAAACAGAAGCUUUAACUCCUAAAGUGAAUGACUCAAAUUCAUUCCCAAGAAAAGAAAGGGAGAAAAUGCCAACUUAUUCUCCAUCAAACAAAGACACAGUGCACUUUGAUAAACCAAAUAGGAAAUUAUCGCCUGCUUUCCACCAGGCAUUAUUAUCUUUUUGUCGGAUGUCAGCAGAUAGUCGUUUGGGAUCAGAGGUGUCCCGGAUUGCAGACAGUGAAAAAAGUGUUAUGUUAAUGCUAGGUCGUUGCCUACCACACAUUGUUCCAAAUGUGCUACUUGCAAAGCGAGAGAGAAUGGUUAUACACCUCUGUCAGGAAUUGAUUCCAUUGAUAUUAUGUACAGCUUGUCUACAUCCUGAACCUAAAGAAAGAGAUCAACUUCUUCAUAUACUUUUUAAUUUGAUCAAGCGGCCAGAUGAUGAACAAAGACAGAUGAUACUGACUGGUUGUGUUGCAUUUGCACGCCAUGUGGGACCAACACGCGUAGAAGCUGAGCUUUUGCCACAAUGUUGGGAACAGAUUAAUCACAAAUACCCAGAGAGACGACUUCUAGUGGCUGAAUCCUGUGGGGCCUUAGCACCUUAUCUUCCUAAAGAAAUCCGUAGCUCCCUGGUUCUCUCCAUGUUACAGCAGAUGCUAAUGGAAGAUAAAGCAGAUUUAGUACGAGAAGCUGUAAUCAAAAGCCUUGGUAUUAUUAUGGGAUACAUUGAUGAUCCAGAUAAAUACCAACAGGGUUUUGAACUUCUGCUCUCAGCCUUGGGUGAUCCCUCAGAAAGAGUAGUUAGUGCAACACAUCAAGUAUUUUUACCUGCCUAUGCUGCUUGGACGACAGAGCUUGGAAAUUUGCAGUCUCAUCUUAUUCCUACGCUUCUAAAUAAAAUUGAAAAACUUCUCAGGGAAGGAGAGCAUGGACUGGAUGAACAUAAACUUCAUAUGUAUCUUUCUGCCUUGCAGUCCUUGAUUCCUUCAUUGUUCGCAUUGGUGCUACAGAAUGCACCGUUCUCAAGCAAAGUGAAGCUCCAUGGUGAAGUGCCACAGAUAGAGGUGACUAGGUUCCCUCGGCCUGUGUCACCUCUUCAGGAUGUGGCCACCAUUAUUGGGAGUCGUGAGCAAUUAGCUGUGCUGCUACAACUUUAUGACCAUCAACUUGAGCAUGAGGGUACAACAGGCUGGGAGAGUUUACUCUGGGUGGUGAAUCAACUGUUACCACAACUCAUAGAAAUAGUUGGUAAAAUCAAUGUUGCUUCAACUGCCUGUGUCCAUGAAUUCUCCAGAUUUUUCUGGCGCCUGUGCCGAACAUUUGGGAAAAUAUUUACAAACACUAAGGUAAAACCUCAAUUCCAGGAGAUUCUAAGAUUGUCUGAAGAAAAUGUUGAUUCUUCAGCAGGAAAUGGGGUCCUAACAAAAGCUACAGUUCCUAUUUAUGCCACAGGAGUCCUUACAUGCUAUAUUCAGGAAGAAGACCGCAAACUCUUAGUUGGAUUCUUAGAAGAUGUAAUGACUAUGCUUUCGUUGUCUCAUGCUCCUCUUGAUAGUCUGAAGGCUUCUUUUGUGGAACUGGGAGCAAACCCAGCAUACCAUGAGUUGCUAUUGACUGUUUUGUGGUAUGGUGUUGUCCAUACUUCAGCACUUGUUAGAUGUACUGCUGCUAGAAUGUUUGAGCUGUUGGUGAAGGGGGUGAAUGAAACUCUGGUAGCUCAGAGGGUUGUUCCUGCUCUCAUUACUCUCUCCAGUGAUCCUGAAAUCUCUGUCAGGAUUGCCACAAUUCCUGCCUUUGGCACCAUUAUGGAAACAGUUAUUCAAAGAGAGUUACUGGAAAGAGUGAAAAUGCAGCUGGCUUCUUUCCUGGAAGAUCCUCAGUAUCAAGACCAACACUCUCUGCAUAUAGAAAUCAUAAAGACAUUUGGAAGAGUAGGACCUAAUGCAGAACCCAGAUUUCGAGAUGAGUUUGUUAUACCACAUUUGCACAAGUUGGCUUUGGUCAACAAUCUACAAGCUGUGGAUUCCAAAAGAUUGGAUAUUGCUACCCAUCUGUUUGAAGCCUACAGUGCACUUUCCUGUUGUUAAGGAGAUUGGCCAACGCUCAUUGGUGAAUGGGGAAGAUGAAGAAUUGAGAAAGAGGGAGAAAAAGGAGGAGAGAAGAAAAGAGAAAAGAAAAGAUGAAAGUUUGUAGGAGAUAAAAUUUAUCUUAAAGAAAGAAAAUAUUUGGGAAGAAGCAAGGAGGAAAAUCAUCAAAUCUAAGAAAGAUUUUAAACUGCAACUUGAGGGGAGGAAAUGGCUCAUGCAUGCAUAUUAUGGAGGCUAAUAGAUGUGACAAAGGAAAAACAGCAGUGAAAUAAAUACCUAAUAAAUACCUAGUAAUUUUUAGGAUUAAAAUCGCAGAGAAGGAAAUUAGGAAUAGUUUAAAAAGUAUUUUCAAAGGAAACUGCUCUAAUAGAUGUGUGCUGCUACUUUAGCAUGUAUGGUAUAUGUAAAAGUAUAUAUGUGAAUUGAAAUUCACAAACAUGAGAAGAUGCAUGGUAGAACUUUUGAAUCAGGAUUAAAUAAAGAGGUGAAAAUGUACAGGGCACAUUAUAUAAGGUAUUGUAUCUAAAGGACCUUUGCAAACCAUAACAGAAUCUAUUAUAUAUGCCCAUUUUUAUUGUUUCCCUAAGGAUAAUGCUGUUAGAAUCAUAAAACCUCAACUAUCUAGAUAAUCAUACCUGAUCAAGAAUUUUUUCUACAACUUCCUUGAUGAAAGGUCAUCCAGGCUUUGAAGACCUUUAGUUCUGCUUUUGAAUAGCUCUAACCAUUAGGAAGUUUCUCCUUAUAUUGAGAUGAAACUUGCCCCUCUGUUAUCCAUUGCUCCUACUAGCUCUGUGCUCUAGAAUUAAAUAAAUGUAUCCCUUUCCCAAAAGAUUAGCCUUUUAAAUGCUUGAAGAGUCACCAUUUGUUUGUUCUAAAUUCUUCUCUUCUCAUGGCUAAAAGUUGUUUCACUUAGUUUUCAUGCAGCAUAAUCUAAAUUAUUGUCCUUGCAUACUUUCCAAAUUACUAGUGACCUUUCUAAAAUGUGACAUCAACAGCUGAGUACAGGAUUACAGAUGUAAUCUGACAAGGGCAAAGCAUUGUGGAAUUAUCAUCCCUUUCUAAAUAUUGUACUUUUCACGUUGGCCUAAGCAAAUCAACUUUUUGUUUUAGUACCGUAUUACAUUAUUAAUUUCUUUUGAACUAUAGACUAAUAAAACCCCCAUAUCUUUUUCAGACAAACUAUUAUUUAGCCACCAUUCCCUCAUCCUGUAUUCUAGUGACCUUGGUUUCUUAAGAAAAAGAAGACAAGACAUGACAUUUGUUACUGAAGAUUAUGAACUUGGGCCAGAAACACUGUGUCUUUAUACAUACAUACUAUGUAUUUAUAUGUAUAUAUGUAUUAGUGAUGGAAAACAGCAAUUAUUCAGACAUCUGAUGAAAGCUAGUUGUGUUUUUUCAAAAAUAUAAUAAUAAUCUUAUAUAAUUUUACUUGCUGAUAAUUUCAUCUGUUAGAAAGAGGAAGGAAUUAAGAGACUUUUUCCAGACUUCUGUAAUAUAAAGAACCAGUUAACUGAUGAUGUAUAGAGGAUGACAACCUGGAAAGAAAUAGUGAACCCAUUUUCUUAAUAGCCAAAGAUGGGAUUGAAAUAUAUAGAAAGAUGGGUGAGUAGUUAGGACAAGAAAACUUAUUUCAUUACAUUCAGGGAAUGAUAAGUGAAGAUGCCUGAAGAACAUUAAAAAAUCAAAAAUCCAAUGCCGAGAUAUAGUUGCAAAUGAUCCAACAAAGAAAAAAAGAAAAUAUCUAAAGACAUUUCUCCAGUAAGUUCAGAUUUUUAAAAGGACAUGUAUAGAAAAAGAAUGAGAGAUACACAGGCACAGAAAUAUACAUAUAUGCACGUGCAUAUACAUAUUCAGAAUGAAAAGGGAGGUAUAGGAGUAAUAAUAGUAUCAGGAAGGAUAAAGUCCAGAAGGUGGUUUUUUUUUUGUU